CAGCAAAGACCAUCAUCAGGAAGCUUGGGGAACAUCAGAGUCUCUCCUCCUCCUCAGAGUCUGUGCAGAGCUGCUGCUCAACAUCGCAGAGUCAUGAGGUGAGAGAAGGCUGAGGUGAUGAGCGAGCAUGUAGUCUUGCUGAGGUCAGCAUGACAGCGGGUCAUCACACCUGAAGAAGACAACUGCCAGCUGAGACGCCGCUCGGCAAAAAGAGGAACUGUGACGUGUGAUGCGUGAGAGAACCUGAGUCUGCCGGCGGAAGGAUGACGGGACAGAAUAUGGAGCGGAGGAGGAGGACGCAUGCGCGGGAGCGCAGCAGGGAGGGGGAGGAAGAGGAUGAUAAUGAGAUUAAGAGAGGAAGAAUAAGGAUGACAGAGGAGCAGGCAGGAGCAGCAAGGGGGACAGAGUAGGGGGACACCUGACCUUUGGAGAGGGGAGCUCAUCUGACUGAAGCACACGCACGCACGCACACACACACACACACACACACACACCAAAGUCAAUACAGCCCAGGCAAAGAGAUCCUGCAGCCAUGACAGAAGCCGACUCUCUGGCUGAAGCUCUGCAGGCUCUCUACGUGAGCACCGAGCUGGUGGAGGAUGAACUCAGACCUCAUCUGGACACACUGUUGGCUGCUCUUCUGUCCAAGCAGAAGGACGCUGCAGUGGACAUUUCCAAAAGUGGGAUUCUGCCGGUGCUGGUCCAGGUGCUACGCUCCAGCAGCAAUCUGAGCCGCCAGGUGGCGCUGGUGGUCGCAGAGAUGGCCAGAGACGCUUCUGUCAGAGAGCCGUGUAUCGAGGCCGGUCUGGUGAAGGUUCUGGUUCCUCAUCUGAGCAGCAGCGACCCAGAGAUGCUGCUCAACACCGGCAGAGCCAUCGGACGCAUCUGCUUUGACAACUCACAUCAGCAGGACCAGCUGGUUCAGAGUGGAGUCAUCCCCAGACUGGUCUCCAUCAUGAGGGAGUACCCGGAGAAUGAUCCUCUGGUCAACGUCUGCCUGCUGGCCCUCUGCAACCUGGCGGAUUUGGACUCUGCUCGUGAAGCCUUGACUGAGCUGGACGUUGCAGAGGUUCUGACCUUUCAGCUGAAUCGGGCGCCUGAUUCUGAACGUCGCCACGUCAUCCUGGAGAUUCUGGGCUCGCUGGGCGAGAGCGACGUUCUGAAGCUGCAGUUUGCUGAGUCAGGGAUCCCGGAGGCGCUGUCAGACAUGAUCCGGGCUCUACAAGGAGGAUCUGAUCCACAUGACCUCUGCAGCAUCAAGAUCGCCUCCAACCUCAUUGUGUCACUGCUCUUAGGAGAUGAGUCGAUGCAGAAGUGUUUCGGGGAGGGGUCCGGCCGGGUCUACCAAGACGUCCUGUCCUGGCUGCAGAGCUCCAAUACACAGCUGCAGCUGUCCGGCGCCCUCGCCAUCGCCAACUUCGCCAGGAACGACAGCAACUGUGUGAAGAUGCUGGACCUUGGCGUGGUGGCUCACAUCCUCACCCUGCUGGAGCAGCACGUAGACGAGGGAGAUGUGUCCGUGCAGCACGCUGGACUGAGCGCGCUCAGAAACCUGGCCAUUCCUGCUGCUAACAAGGUGAAGAUGCUGGAAGACGGUGUGACCCAGCGCAUCAAGACUCUGCUGCGCUCAGACAUGCCGCCGGUCCAGUUCAAGCUGCUCGGGACGCUGCGGAUGAUGGUCGACGGACAAGAGGAGACAGCUCUGGUCCUGGGUCGAGAUGCACAGCUGCUGUCCCGGAUCAUGGAGUGGUGUGAAGCCAAAGACCACGCAGGCGUUCAAGGAGAAGCCAGUCGUCUGCUGGCCGCUCUCAUCAGACACAGUCGUAGUGCUGAAGUCGUGCACACUGUUGCCAAAGCAGAUGGACUUCGACACCUAAUCUCCAUGGCGACGAGUGAACAUGUGAUCAUGCAGAACGAAGCAUUGGUCGCACUGGCGAUUGCCUCUGCGGUUGACGUCGAGGCGAUGAAGAAACCCUUCAGUGAGGCCGGGCUGUUGCAGAUGAUCAAGAAAAUUUUGGAGGAUCCUGCAGGAGCAGUCGAGGUCAAGUUUAGUGCUCUGGGUCUGGUCUGCAGCCUCGCCAGCACAAAUGCGAUGACGGCGGAGCUGCACAGCGUGGACAUGAGGCAGAGUGUGCGCGAGCUGACCGAGCACAGCAGCAGCCGCCUGGCCGCGCAGGCCACUUCCGUUCUGUCUCUGCUUGAAGACAGGAGCUAAACUCACACCCCUGAACCAGGAUGCCCUCUGCUGGAGAGAUGAUGGCAUGUUACAGUGUUGCUACUUCAAGCUAGUUUUCUUGUUGUAGUGUUGAAUAAAUAUC